CUCUCUUCACUUGGAACAUCUCCUGCUGGAGUCGGCUAAGUGAAACCGCCCAUGAGACUCGCAAUUUAAGCUAACCCGGCCACUCACAAAACAACGUCCAUUUCAACGGGACAACGAUGGCGUCAAAAUGUCCUAAAUGUGAUAAAACGGUCUACUUUGCGGAGAAGGUGACAUCCCUGGGGAAAGACUGGCAUAAGUUUUGCCUGAAGUGUGAACGCUGCAGCAAGACGCUGAUCCCUGGAGGUCACGCAGAGCAUGAUGGGAAACCUUACUGCCACAAACCAUGUUAUGCUGCCCUCUAUGGACCAAAAGGUGUGAACAUCGGAGGAGCUGGCUCCUAUGUCUACGAUACCCCUGUGACCGAUGAUGCUGCCAGCGUUCCCACGGAAACUGAGCCGAAGCCGGCAGAGAAGAAAGCAUCCGCCCCCCCCAAAGGCCCAGUAAAAGCUGCAAGUUUCACAUCCUUUGCUGGACAGCCAAACGUCUGCCCACGAUGCAGCAAGACAGUGUAUUUUGCUGAAAAGGUGACAUCCCUUGGUAAGGAUUGGCACCGUCCCUGCCUGCGCUGUGAGAGGUGUAGCAAGACUCUGACACCAGGGGGCCAUGCAGAACAUGAUGGCCAGCCCUACUGUCACAAGCCAUGCUAUGCUACCCUGUUUGGACCCAAAGGUGUUAACACAGGAGGAGUGGGAAGUUAUAUUUAUGACGAGCCCAACGCUGAGCCCCAACCGUGAGUCCUUUAACUCCUAGCUGCCUCCCGGCCACCAGCACGACACACCAGGCUACUCAGCUCCUCUCUUCCGAUGAUGUGCAACUGCGGAUCUCUAACUUCACUCCAUAGCCAUUUACCACUUCUUUCAAUACUCUCCGUCUUCUGUUUUCUGUGUGUGUGUGUGUGUGUGUGUGUGUGUGUGUGUGUGUGUGUGUGUGUGUGUGUGUGUGUGUGUGUGUGUGUGUGUGUGUGUGUAUGUGUGUGUUUGGGGGGGGACUUGUAGUCCAUCAACUACUAGCUAGCCUGCUGCUGUGCUGUCUGCUUUUCUCGAGAAAUGGAAAAAGAUAACCGUAUGUGCCCUUCCAAAGGCAUUAACGUAGACGUGUGCAUUUUGAGAAUAAUCUGUCAAUGUAUUUCUACAUUAUUUGGAUAUAUUUUUUGUAUGACUCUUUGCCCUUGUGUUAAUUAAUAUAUGGUGUUUUUUUUUUCUUUUUCAAAACCUUGUAUGCAAAGUGCCACGUGAGUAAUCUGCCAACGAUAAGAACACGGACAUGAGUCAGUGGGAUGUAUUACGUUUUUUGAGUAUUAGUGUGGCAAAGGUUUCACGUCCGAUAAGAAAUACCUCUCUAGAAUAGAAUCUAGAUGAAUUUGAAACUCACAUACAGCAUAGAGAUUUGAGACAACUCCCAAGUGUUCUUUACCUGCUAAGUUUUAGGAGUGAGUUCCUAUAGUAUGUUUGUAUUUGUUACUACUAACAACUGUUUAGAGGUAUACUUUUUAUUGUUCAUUUUCUUGAGCACCUGUUUCAUAGAAGAAUUGAUUUGACACAGAAUUUUCUACAUAAAAGAUGUGAAUGUGUG